AAAAACCUUUUCAGUGAAUAGUAUCUUCAAUUAAGUAUCUCAAAUACAAAAUAUCAUUAUUUUACAUAUUUGUAAUAUAUAAUUAAUUUCCACUUUUACAAAGAUAAAAUUAAUAUUAAUAAAUGGCUCAAAAAAAAAUCUUUGCAGAGUAUCCCAUGAAUUCUCAUUUAAUAUACUUACAAAAAAUCUACCUUUUGUAGUUUUUAAUAUUUUUUAGAGAUAUCUUCCUAAAAACUUUAGCAUUGUAUAAACGAAAGAAGAAAAAAAAACUUUAGCAUUGGAGAUACUCUAAAUGUUAUUUAAAGAUUUAGCCUAGAAGAAACUCUUUUUACUCUUAUUUUAAUCACAACAUCUAACAACAUCUAAGAAAUUUUAUUUAUUUAAUCAAAGUGAAGGUUGUUGUUGUGAGGCAAUCAUUGAGACUUGAGAGGCAGCGCACGAUGAGUUUCUUGUGGAACGUUGAGAUAUUAAUCAUAGCUUUAGUGGUUGUGAGGAUCAGCCAGUGGUUGUACCGAUGGUCGAACCCAAACGUCAGGUGCAAUGGCAAGUUACCACCAGGUUCAAUGGGUUUUCCUAUCAUCGGAGAGACAAUAGAAUUCUUUAAGCCUUGUGAAUUGCUCGAGAUCCCAUCCUUUUUUCAGAAUAGGAUGCAAAGGUACGGGUCGUUGUUUCGGUCCAAUAUUAUGGGUUCAAAAACUGUGAUUUCUACGGACUCAGAUGUUAUCUUCGAGAUAUUCCGGCAAGAGAACCAGUCUUUUGAACUUAGCUAUCCGGAUGUUUUUGUCAGAGUUUUUGGAAAAGAUAACUUGUUUUUCCAGACCGGAAACAUCCACAAGCAUAUUAAAAAGUCCACUAUGCAGCUUAUUGGAUCUGAAGGUUUAAAGAGAAAGAUGAUACAAAGCAUGAACCAGGCGACCCGCGAGCAACUUAAAUGGAAGGCUAACGAAGGCACCUUCGACCUUCGGAAUGCAGUUUCAAGUUUGAUAGCAUCCUACCUGACACCGAAGCUGAUAAGUAACCUAAAACCAGAGACUCAAGCAGAACUUAUAGACCAUUUCAAGGCCUUUAAUAUUGAUUGGUUUAGGUCACCCUUUGCUCCCUCCACCUGGAAGAUUAUCUACAAAGUCCUUAAGGCACGCAGAGAAGCAAUGCAGUUGAUAAAGGAAGCUCUUAAGAAGAGGAAAGAGUCAAGAGAAAAACACGGAGACUUCCUAGACACGUUACUAGAGGACAUGGAGAAAGAAGACAGCAUUUAUGACGAGGCGUCUGUUAUAAACCUUCUAUUAGUUAUUGGAGUCGUCUCUAAAGAUACUACUUCUGUCGCUACUGCCUUGAUGGUGAACUUGCUAUCUAAAAAUCCAGAAGUGCUUGCAGAGUUGAAGAGAGAGCAUGGUGCGAUCUUACAAAAGAGAAAAGAUAAGGAAGCUGAACUUAGCUGGGAAGAAUAUAAAUACAACAUGACUUUCACCAACAUGGUUAUCAAUGAGUCGCUUCGAUUGUCAAACUUGGGUUCCAUAUUAUUUAGAAAGGCCCUGAAAGAUGUCGAAAUCAAAGGAUAUACAAUUCCCGCGGGAUGGAUCGUGGCCGUUGCACCAUCUGUGGUUCACUAUAACUCUGAAAUAUAUGAGAAUCCGUUGGAGUUCAAUCCAUGGAGAUGGGAGGGGAAAGAUUUGCGGUCAGUGACUAAAACUUUGAUGGUGUUUGGAGGUGGAACAAGACAGUGUGUUGGAGCAGAUUUUGCGAGGCUUCAAAUGACAGUUUUCCUUCACCAUCUUGUGACCACUUACGAUUUCUUGGUGGUCCAAGAAUGUGAGAUGACUCGGACACCAUUACCUUGCUUCACUAAGGACCUGCUUAUUAACAUCUCCCCUACCUUCCCAAGUGAACCUUGCAGUUCCAAGUCUUCAUAAUUAGAUCAUUACAAAUAUAUCUCCUAGAAAUGUGCGAGUCCUUAAAAUGCAUUCAAGUUCUUAUAAUUUCAAAAUUUAACAUAUAUAUUAUUUUAAAAAGAUGUUUAUAUUAACAACAUGAAACAAGUAAUGAAAGAAUGUGACAACAUUGGAAUA